AUGUCCCGCCCCUGGAUCCUCGUCUCUCCCUCCUCCCGCGGCAUCGGCGCCCAUCUGACCCGGCACCUCCUCCGCACCACUUCCGCCCCGGUCCUCGCGACCUCCCGCUCGGCCGAUACCACCGCCGCCAAGGGCCGCCUCCUCGAGUCCCUCGGUCUGCCUCCACUCGAGACCGAAGACGCCGCCUCACGCCUCAAGAUCGUGCGCGUCGACGUCACAGACGAGGCCACCGUCGCCGCCGCCGCCGACGAGGCCCGCGCCCUGUUCCCCGAGGCCACCCACCACCUCAGGCUCGCCCUCGCCAUCCCCGGCAUCCUGUACCCGGAGAAGAGCCCGGCGCAGGUCGACUACGACAAGGCGCUCGAUAUGUUCAAGGUCAACACGCUAGGGCAGAUGAUGCUGAUGAAACACUUCUCCCCCUUCCUCCCCCGCAAGUCCGUUGCCCUCACGUCCACGUCCUCGUCCUCCUCUACUGAAGAUGUCCGGGGCCUGCCGCCGGGCCACGCCGUCUGGGCCGCCAUGUCGGCGCGCGUCGGGUCGACUUCGGACAACCUCAAGGGCGGGUGGUACACCUACCGCGCCUCCAAGGCCGGCGUCACCUCCCUUGCCAAGUCGCUCGACCUGUGGCUCAGCGCGCGCAGCGGCGACAAGGCCAUCGCCGUGGCCUAUCACCCGGGCACCGUCAAGACGGGCCUGUCCGAGGGGUUCUGGGGCACGGUGCCGAAGGGGAAGCUGUUCGAACCCGAGUUCGCCGUGGGGAGGAUGUGCAAGGUGUUGACGGAGGAGGUCGGGGUUGAGGGAAGGGGCCGGUUCUGGGACUGGCAGGGUAAGGAGAUCUUGCCGUGA